CUUAUGUGUGACCGCCAUCAUAUUGCAGACUUCACCUAUCUCUUAUGUGUGACUGCCAUCAUAUUGCGGUCUACACGUAUCUCUUAUGUGUGACUGCCAUCAUAUUGCAGUCUACAAGUAUCUCUUAUGCGUGACUGCCAACAUAUUGCAGUCUAUACAUAACUCUUAUGUGUGACUGCCAUUAUUAUGCAGUCUACACGUAUCUCUCACGUGUGACUGCCAUCAUAUGGCAGUCUACACACAUCUCUUACGUGUGACUGCCAUCAUAUUGCAGUCUACACGUAUCUCUUAUGCGUGACUGCCAUCAUAUUGCGGUCUACACGUAUCUCUAAUGUGUGACUGCCAUCAUCUUGCAGUCUACACGUAUCUCUAAUGUGUGACUGCCACCAUAUUGCGGUCUACACGUAUCUCUUAUGUGUGACUGCCAUCAUCUUGCAGUCUACAAGUAUUCUUAUGUGUGACUGCCAUCAUAUUGGGGUCUACAUGUAUGUUUUAUGUAUGACUGCCAUCUACUGGUCACACUUAUCAUUACACCAUGUACCAUAUAAAAUAGCUUCGAGGUUGGUAAGCACAACCCGAAUUAUGCCGUACAUCAGGCGGGUUAUAAGGCGAGUUUUGGGUUAAUGGAAGGAUAGUCGAAAAAACUAGGGUAAGUGACGGACCAAUGGGUGUUGUUGGUCAAGUACUUCCUGUGUUGUCAAUGAAAGUCUUCAUGAGGGAUCAAAAGAUGAAUUAGUAGUACUUAGUAGUUCCUAAAUAGCGCGGAACACUCUCUGGACUAUCGAUGUCGCUCUGCCCCUGACCCUCCAACUCCGCCCGAGUCCAGCUGUUACGUCAGCCUUCCAGUUUCCCAAGCCCCCCCCCCCGGAAUGCCCUGACUCCGGGACCCCCGUCUAGUCCUGCACUCCCCCUGCUCUUCUUGGCAGCCAAAGACCCAGGGGAGGAUGAGGACAAGCGGACAGCCCAGAUAAGUACCACAUGAAGGUUCCCACAUUACCUCACUCCGAGACGUGGCUGCUUGCACACCCUUCCAGGUUCUGGUUCUGGUGCAGGGGUCCCCACUCAGAGACCUUGGGGAAGAUGCACUCGGCGGCGGCAUUUUGAACGUCCCCGCCUCAUCGGCGUCGAGAGAAAGUGAGGCGAGGACGGGUCCUUGUCUUCUCUGAGCGCACAUGGCAGGAAGUCAUCUGGAGAGCAUCACGGCGCUCGCCGCCAGCCACCAGCCGGCGGACCCUCCCAUCCAGAGACCCCCGGCAAGCGGCGGUCCUCGGUGCCCGCACAGACGCAGGCAGAGUGUUCGCGCCAGUCGGGAUUGGGUGCCGUCUGUGUAUGGACCCAGACCUAACUCCAACUGUGUGUGUGAGGUCCCAGUCAGCACAGCAGGCGUUCACAACUCCCCAGAAAAUGCCGCACGGGAGAGAAGUCGUGUACGCAACCUGCGCCAGGCCUUCCACAGCCUGCAGGCGGCUCUUCCAUCAGUCCCUCGUGACACAAAGCUGUCCAAGCUGGAUGUUCUGGUUUUGGCGACCAACUACAUAGCCUACCUGACACAGACCCUGGACCAGGGAAGAAGUCUCUCCGAGCACACCUUGCCAUCAAGACCGGGUGGAUACCUCCACCCUGUGAAGAAGUGGCCCAUGCGCUCCCUGCUCUACUGUGGCCAAGUGCUCUCAGGAGGGCCAGCCAAUCAGAGGCCUCCGUCUGGACAGGACGCAACACACUUCCUCGGGCAGGCCUUGGAAGGAGACAAGGACUGUUAGGCAGAUAAGCGGGAAAGGAGGAAUUGUUUUGGGAACUCAGCAGCUGUGUGACCACCUCCUCUCCAUCCAGUAAUGAGCAUUUAGUCACCAUUACACAACUUCAACACCAUCUGCACAACCUGUUUGUGUGUGUGUGUGUGUGUGUGUGUGUGCCACCUACCAAGUGGAUGUUUCUUACCCUUUGCGUUGAUGUUUCGCCGUCUUUGUUGCAUCUUUGAUGAUAAAGGAUGUUGACGAAGGAGUUGGUCAGCAUGUUGUCAAUAUUCAGUGUUUUAUUGUUCAUAUUUAAUAUUGUCAAUCGCUCAUUCUGCAUUUCAUGUACAUUCUGACUCUC